AUUAAUGGAUCCAGAAGAAUAGCUGGAAAAGUUGUUAGAGGUUUUUUAUGAUGAAAAGAUUGAGCCUAAAAAGGAGGCGGCAAAAUAAAUUCUAGGGUUAGCAACUUAAUAAUAAAAUUUGGAAUACCUGAUAUCACAUGGUAAUUACUUGAAUUAAUAAUAUAUCAUUAGAAUAAUUAUUAUCUACUCUAUCAAGGACCUUAAGAGAUGAGCAUAAGAAAUCAACUGAACUUACUCUUUAUUUACUUUGUGUGUUUUAUAUUUUAUCCAAUUAUUUGGAAUUCCAUCAAAUCCUUUCGGAGCACUAAAUUGGAGAUAUCACCAUGAAAAUUAUCGAAUCACAAAUUCAGAGGUUUGAUUUGCGAUAUGCUGAAUUGAUGGAAAAAUAAGGUUAGCCUUAAUAGUUGUAGGAAUUGAGAAAAUUAAAUUUGAUGAUUGCGAAAUAGGAAAAAUUGUUUUAUGUAGGCUUCACAAUAUUGAUGAAUAUGGCAGAAGAUCCAAUUAUUGAAAAUAAAAUGAGAAAAAGAAAAAUAAUAACAUUUCUAUUAAGAAUGUUGGAAAGGAAUAACUUUUAUUUACUAAUUGUUACUUUAUUAUUUCUCAAGAAAUUAAGCAUAGUAAAUGAAUGCAAACUGUAAAUGAUUGAGGAGAAUUGUAUAAGAAAAUUAAAAAGAUUUUUCAGUGCUGAUAAUAAUGUAUUAUUACAAUUAAGUUUGGGUAAAAUAAAUUUCUAACCUAGGAUUAUUAAAAAAUUUAUGCUUUGAUACUGAAGCUAGAUAAUAAAUUGAAUAAAAUGGAUUCAUUCCAGAUAUUGUAAAGUUAUUAAAAAUCCCAAACUAUAGAUUUGUCUCAAUCGUGUUAUUGUAUUUACUCACUUUGGAUGAUAAAUUGAGAUUAACCUUUGGGUUCACAGAAUGUAUGAGCCUAGUUGUUAAAUUAAUGUUGCAUUUCCCUGAACCUAUUAUAGGCAAAGAAUUAAUUGCUUUGGCAACUAACUUAUCAACAAGUUCAAGAAAUGUCGAUCAUAUUACAGAACAAGAAUUUCAAUAAAUAGUGUAAAGGUCCCUUACAAAUGGAGAUACAUUACUGUUUCGAUUUAUUAAGGGAAUCAUUGAAAAUUCAACUAACCCUGAAAUACAAACUUGUGCUAAAAGCUUUGUAAGGCAUUUCAUGAAAUUACUUGUAACUCAAGGAAAAGAAGAAGACUUGAAAUUUGAAAUUAUAGGAAUAGUAAGUGUCAUUUAAUUAAAUGAAAAUUGGGUUAAAUUAUUAACAGAACCAUUUAUUGAAUUCUUGCAUAAUAAUCUAGCUAUAGGAGUGAUUGAUGAUGAUAUAGUAUUAGAAACUAUGAUGCUUGUGUCAUAAAUUGCUUCUAAUGCUAAAGCUGCAGAAAUCUUAGUUAACAGCAAUAUUUUAAAUGCAUUAACCUAAGUCUUUACAGAGAAAGUAGAUGAUGAUGAAUUUAUUGUUCAAUACCUCUAUUGCUUACAUUAAUUCCUAUUUCAUAAAAUAGGAAUAUCAUAAAUCUUAGCAUAGUAAGCUUUUAUUGUUAAUUUAGGGAUGAUAUACUAUUGUAAUUGAUUUAGUAAUUAAAUGAUAAAAACCUAAAAGUUAGGUAGAUGUCUUAGGAAGUUUUGGAUAUUUUACGAGAAUAUGAUUAGGAAUUAUGCGAGAAAAUAAAAGAGACAAAAUUCUGCGAAUAUAAUUAAUUGUGGGUAGAACAUAUUAAUGAACAAGAGAUGAUGUAGUUUAUUAUAUAGACAUAGGUUGCAAGAAGGAGUUGAUAUGGGGUUCGAAGAUGAAUACGGAGGCAAUGAGCUUGAUCCUAAAAUGUGGGACUCAGAUAAUGAUUGA